CCCCUCUGUUAACUCCUCCCGUCUGUCUCUCUGUCUGCAGUGUCUGAGUAACGUCCCCCCCCUGACGGAGUACUUCCUGCAGAGCUCGUACCUGGAGGAGCUGAACUUCUCCAACCCUCUGGGCAUGAAGGGCGAGAUCGCCGAGGCCUACGCCGACGUCGUCAAGCAGAUGUGGUCCGGACGCCAUUACUCGGUGGUGCCGCGCGUCUUCAAGACGAAGGUGGGACACUUUGCGUCCCAGUUCCUGGGCUACCAGCAGCACGACAGCCAGGAGCUGCUGUCCUUCCUGCUGGACGGCCUGCACGAAGACCUGAACCGCGUCAAAAACAAAGAGUACAUCGAGCUGCGGGACGCAGAGGGACGCCCGGACCAGGAAGUGGCGGAGGAGGCGUGGCGUAACCACCGGCGCCGGAACGACUCGGUGAUCGUGGACACGUUCCACGGCCUCUUCAAGUCCACGCUGGUCUGUCCCCAGUGCCACAAAGUGUCUGUGACCUUUGACCCCUUCUGCUACCUGAGCGUCCCGCUUCCUGUCAGCCAGGAGCGCGUCAUGGAGGUCUUCUUCGUCUCGCUGGACCCGCACGCCAAACCUGCCCAG